AUGGCUUCUUUCAACAGAAGUGAUCCCACGGAGAGGGAGAAUGACCAGGCGAUAGCAAUUCUGAAGAAAGGUGCGUAUCUUUUGAAAUACGGCAGGCGUGGGAAACCUAAAUUCUACCCUUUUCGGCUUUCAAGUGAUGAAAUAUAUUUGUUAUGGUACUGUGGCAAAAAGGAGAAACGUCUUAAACUCAGCUCUGUCACAAGGAUCAUACCUGGACAGCGAACUGUAUGCAAAGACAAGGACGAAGCUGAGUUCUGGAUCACUACCCUUCGCGCUCUUCUCUCAAGAAACAGCUCGUCUCCAUUGGUACUUCACUCAAGAAGCCGUAGUUUUGUUCCUGACUAUGGAGAACAAAGUAAUUCCACCAAGAGCGCCAAGUCCAACAUCAGAUCCGUCAGCAGUGACACAAGCUGCGAGGGACUUCUGCAGGAACACGCAAAAAAGGCCUCAGGAUCUCACUCCAACACUCCACAGAGACUUGGGAAAGUUUUCUCAGAGGUUUUGUCACAAACUGCAGUAUUAAAGGCACUCUCUUUGGACGAUCUCGUUCAUAAACCUCAUAAUCCAAAGUCUCCAGAGACUUUAGAGAGCCGACCUGCUACUACUAAUCACUCCCCUACCAAUACUAAUCACUCCCCUGCUGUUGAUACCACAAGUAAAUACAGCGUUUCCAGCGCAGUGAGCUCAUCUAGUCAAGGAUCAACUUUUGAAGACUUGAAAUCUCUCUGUGAUGUCUUCGUCUGGGGAGAAAGCAUUAUAGAUGGGCUGUUAGGAGGUGGUAUGCACAAAAGUGGAAGCAGCUCUUCUCUAAUGGCUGAAUCAUUCUUGCCCAAAGUCUUGAAAUCACAUGUGGCACUUGAUGCACAGAGCAUUUCUUGCGGCACAAACUACGCAGUGUUGGUCACAAAGCAGGGACAGAUGUACAGCUGGGGAGAAGAAUCCGGUGGCAGGUUAGGGCAUGGAGUUUGCUCCUACGUUCCACAGCCGAAACUCAUCGAUGAGUUUGAUGGUUCGACGGUGGAGUUAGCUGAUUGUGGAGAGUUUCAUACUUGUGCUGUGACAGCCUCAGGGGAUUUAUACGCUUGGGGUGAUGGAGUUCACAAUGUUGGUCUCCUUGGAAUUGGUAGUGAAGCUAGCCAUUGGAAACCGGUACGGAUCCUCGGUCAGAUGGAAGGUAUAAAUGUGAAAGCCAUCUCUUGCGGACUUUGGCAUACAGCUUUUGUGACAUCAGAAGGUAAGCUGUUCACAUUCGGUGAUGGCACUUUUGGUGCGCUUGGACAUGGUGAUCGUGUAAGCACAAACAUACCUAGAGAAGUCGAGGCGUUAAGUGGGUGUAGAACGUUGAAAACAGCUUGUGGCGUUUGGCAUUCAGCUGCGGUUGUCAAUGUUUUCGGUGAGAGCACAACAACGACGACGACAUCGGGGAAGCUCUUUACUUGGGGUGAUGGCGAGGAUGGGAAACUCGGACAUGGUGAUAAAGAGUCUAGACUAAUACCAUUGUGUGUCACUGAGCUGGAUGCAACUAGCUUUCAACAAGUAGCUUGUGGCCAGAGCAUUACUGUCGCUCUCUCCGUCUCUGGUCAAGUUUACGCAAUGGGAAUUGCUGAUCCGAGUCAAGACAAUGUCGUGAGAGCUCCUUCUUGCGUUGAAACCGGUCUAGGGAAGAGCUUCGUGCAAGAAGUAGCUUGCGGGUUUCACCAUAUCGCUGUCUUAAACUCGAAAGCAGAGGUCUACACUUGGGGACGAGGAUCAAACGGACAGCUUGGACACGGAGAUACAGAGCACAGACGCAUCCCGACUCUUGUGAGAGCUUUGAAAGGUAAACAAGUGAGGAAAGUGGUGUGUGGCUCUAACUACACAGCAACCAUUUGUCUUCACAAACCGAUUACGGGUACUGACAGCUCUCGGUGCUCCGGCUGUCGACAUCCGUUUAACUACAUGAGGAAGCUCCACAACUGUUACAACUGCGGGAGCGUCUUCUGCAACUCAUGCACUAGCAAGAAGUCUUUAGCAGCAGCCAUGGCUCCCAAGACGAACAGGCCUUACCGCGUCUGCGAUGACUGUUACGUCAAACUCGAAGGAGUUAGAGAAUGUUUAGGAACUCCGGCGAGUAGCGCCAGGUUCUCAAACGCGAGCCUACCAUCUAUGAGUAACGAGAUGGAAGAGUUAGGCAUCACACCGCAGCGUCAGAUUCUUAGAGUGGAUUCGUUUGAUUUCUUUAGACAAUCCAAGAUCCCUGAUCUUAAAACCAUUGGUGAGACCUCAGGAGGAAGCUACACUUCGUCGACGAUUCACUCGAGUAUGGACAUUAAAGGUAGUUUCAACCUGAGAGGGAUGAGACGACUCUCCAGGCUUACCUCUUUUGAUUCGGUUCAUCAAGAAGGCAAGCAACGUGCCAAGCACUGCGCUUCGAAAUCAGACACGUCCUCUCUUAUAAGACACUCGGUGACUUCUGGUCUCCCGUUCUCACGUCGAGGCUCUGUUGACUUGUUUCCUCUGUCGAUCAAAUCGAGCCCUGUGGAGUCUGUUGCGACUACUUCGGACUUCACCACAGACAUUACGGAUACGGAGCUGCUGCAAGAAGGGACAAGGAAAUCGAAGCAGUGCCUCAACAAUGAAAUAUCACUACUCAAAGCACAGGUGGAAGAGCUUACACGAAAAUCGAAACAACUAGAAGACGAACUUGGAACGACUUCGAAGAAGCUUGAAGUUGCGAUGCUAAUGGCGAGAGAUGAUGCAGAGAAGAUCAAAUCUUCUGAGGAGAUAGUCAGGUCAUUAACUCUGCAGUUGAUGGACGUGACCAAGAAAGAAGUAGACAAGACAAGGAAACGUCGAAGCUCGUUUUGA